UCAGCUUAUCACUACCUUAAUUUAGCCAAGCCGAGAAGCAUAUACGGAAAUCUCAAAAAAAAAAAGUGGAGACGUACGGCAAAAAAGACAAGAAAGGGAGAGCGCCCGACAUGGCUUCCGGAGCGUCCUUCGCCGGCGUCCGCGCCGUGCUCUCCGUCUUCCUCGUCGCGGCGGCGUCCGCAGGCCCCGCUCCGGCGCCCGCGGCCGCGCCGUCGAGCAAGUACUCCGUCGAGGAGGCGUGCGGGCAGGCCGCCGCGGGGCACCGCGACCUGUGCGUGGCGACGCUGUCCGCGGACCCGGCGUCCAAGACGGCCAGCACGGCGGGGCUGGCCCGGGCGGCCAUCCAGGCGGCGCAGCGGAACGCGUCGGAGACGGCCACCUACCUCUCCAGCAUCUACGACGACGACAGCCUCGAGAACAAGACGGCGCGGCUGCAGCAGUGCCUCGAGGACUGCGGCGAGAGGUACGAGUCGGCGGUGGAGCAGCUGUCGGACGCGACGUCGGCGGUGGAGUCCGGGGCGUUCAGCGAGUCGGAGGCGCUGGUGGCGGCGAGCCAGGCGGAGGUGAAGCUGUGCCAGAGGGGGUGCCAGGCCGUGCCGGACCACCGCAACAUCCUCACGGCGCGCAACCGGGAGGUCGACCAGCUCUGCAGCAUCGCGCUCGCCAUCACCAAGCUCAUCCGCGGGCCACCAUCGUGAUAUACAUCAACGUUUGGUGAUCGAUCUACUCAGCUCAGCUCCUCGAUCGUGAAUUGUCAUUAGAUUACGUGGAACUUGUGGAUUGGAAUCUUCUGUCAGGUGAAUUC